AUGUCCUAUCCAGGCGUGCUGCAUCAGUAUUCAUAUCAGGUCGCAUUUGAAUUUGAACCGGUAGGCUUGCCCAACGUGAUCAUCGUAAUCGGUGGAUUGACCGAUGGGUUAUUGACAGUUGCAUAUGCCUCCCCUCUUGCUAAGGCAGUUGCAAAGUAUGGCUACUCUGUAGUCAACAUCCAGAUGACAAGCAGUUAUAAAGGAUUUGGGGUGCAAUCCCUGGAUAAGGAUGUUGAGGAUAUUAAAAAGCUGGUUGAUUUCUUUAAAGCGAAAAACAGGGGAAGAAUCAUAAUAUUCGGUCGUUCAACUGGCUCACAAGACGUAAUACAUUAUUUACUACGCUAUCCUGAGACUGUUGAUGCUGGCAUAAUGGAUGCACCAGUGUCCGAUAGAGAAGCCUUCUCCUCUGAAAUUGAUCCGAAAGUACUGGCCAGGUUGAACGAAACGGCGUCAGAACUGGUGAAAGACGAAAGAGGCUCUCAACUACUUUCUCCUGAACACUGCAAGUACUUAUUUGGUACCCCAGUGAAUGCGUACCGGUGGUGUUCACUUCUGCUUCCUGGUGGCGAUGAUGAUUACUUUUCUGCGGAUCUCUCAGAUGAAUUUAUUGCCUCGACGUUCGGUAAACUGGGAAAGCCCUUCUUGAUUCUGGAAAAUGAAAGAGACGAAUUUGUUCCCAGAACUACGGAUAAGUCAAGUCUGUUGAAAAGAUGGAAAGCUGCAAGUGACCCGAAGUAUUGGUCCAAGAUGUCAGGGUUUGUGAAGAAUGCGUCCCAUCUUGUUGUAGAAAAGGAUGCUCAGAAUCUUUUGGUUGAUCGUGUGACGAGGUUCAUCUCUGAAUUUGAGCUUUAA